CUGUCCGCGGCGGACGGCAGGAUGGGGAAGGCGGCGGCGGCGGCCCUCGGCGCCGAGCUGGGCGUGCGGCUCGCCCUGUUCGCGGCCUUCCUGGUAACAGAGCUCCUUCCUCCCUUCCAGAGGCGGAUCCAACCCGAGGAGAUGUGGCUGUACCGGAAUCCGUAUGUGGAAGCCGAGUAUUUUCCUACCAAGCCCAUGUUUGUCAUUGCAUUUCUGUCCCCACUGUCUCUGAUCCUCCUGGCCAGAUGUCUCAAGAAGGCAGGUGGGACUGACAGCAAACAAGCCUGCCUGGCUGCCAGCCUUGCCCUGGCUCUGAAUGGUGUCUUUACCAACACAAUAAAACUGAUAGUGGGCAGGCCACGCCCAGACUUCUUCUACCGCUGCUUCCCCGAUGGGCAAGCCCAGUCCGACUUGACAUGCACAGGGGAGAAGGACGUGGUGAAUGAGGGCCGCAAGAGCUUCCCUAGUGGACAUUCUUCCUUUGCAUUUGCUGGUCUGGCCUUCGCUUCCUUCUACCUGGCAGGGAAGUUACAUUGCUUCACACCACAAGGCCGUGGGAAGUCUUGGAGGUUCUGUGCCUUUCUGUUACCUCUCCUCCUCGCAUCUGUGAUCGCGCUGUCCCGCAUCUGUGACUAUAAGCAUCACUGGCAAGAUGUACUGGUUGGAGCCAUGAUUGGCCUGACAUUUGCCUAUGUCUGCUACAGGCAGUAUUAUCCUCCUCUGACGGAUGCAGAAUGCCAUAAACCAUUUCAGGACAGCCUUGCACUGCCCAUGGCACAGAAGCCUGGUGACCCUUAUCAUUUUAGUAUUUAGAAACUAGAACUACCUCAGUGGAGAUGAGGUGAAUCAGCCCCUCUUAACUGCGCAAGACAAGAAAGUCUGACCUUUUUACUCUUAAGAGAUACAGGUGAGCACUUCAUUCUGUCUCCGUAUGUUUAUGCAGUUUUGCUCACAUGGAUUUGUCAUGAGUCAGGGUUCAGCGUUCUUUUUCACAACUCUGUGCCACACAUUCUGAUAAAUCUUCCAGUAGUCCACCAGAUUGGUAUCCCAAGAUCUACAGCAUUUUACAUUUAAUUUAAAUGUCAUUCUUGGAAGGAUCUUUCACAAAGAAACCUUUACAUAUCCUAGAACCCCUAGAACCCAGAGUUAAAUUUCCAUUUUCCAUAGCUCAAAAUCUUAAAACCCAAGGCAUGACCAACUAAAUUAUUUUGGUUCUGUUUACUUUCUCUGGUGACGAUUCCAUCAAGCCUUAAGUAGGAAAAUGUCCAGUUGUGGCUUCUUUACCACGUUAUACAUGUAUCUUAUUUGAGUCUAGCCAGAUACUGCUGUCCAUUUUGAAUCCUGUGGGCAUAAUUUAUUGAAUCACUAAAUAAACAAUUUUUUACAAAUGGUAAGGACAAAUGAAGUGGAAAUCAUCACUUGCUAGUAUUGAAACCACACUCCUGAACUGUGUUUGUUUAUGAGCUGCUUUCCCUCCAUGCAUGACUGAAGAUCUGCCCAAAUGCAUCAACUCUGCAACUGGCUAAGGCAGGAAAGAAAAAUUACACAUGUUCUCUGGAGGACAAAAUGAACUUUUUCUGUCUCUUCUUCAUAAUGGGAUAUAAGGGACAAUUACAGGACAUCAUCAGAACUGAUGCUAUAGGACCUACAACUGCCCUGCUCUUUGCGAUCAUACUUUCUAUAUUUUCAAUGUAUCUUUUUCCUUCAAUAAAUGUGAC